CAGUCUGCUGGUGCUUGAUCCGAUCAAUCCGUGUCAUGUUGAGAUGACGAUAUCCCGUGUCUCGUACAGGUUGUCUAUCUAAACGGGCUAGUACCUUGGCCCCAGAAAUGGCCAUGGCCCCACGGAAAGGAACGCGACGAGCGUGUGACCCUUGUUCUGUCAGAAAAGUGCGAUGUGAUGGCAACCAGCCAUGCUCAAGAUGCGAGGCCGCUAGCUGGGACUGCACCUACUUGAAAACGCAUGGGAAAAGCGGACCAAAAGGACCACGCCGGACCACGGAAGCCGCAAUCAGGAGACUGCAGGAACGGAGCAAGGGCACCCAUGAUGAGGGGUCAAGGAGCAACAGCGAGACAAGCUUUGAUGCUGGAAGCCCAGUAUCUACGGAGCUAGCCUACCUGGACCCAAUCUCCUUGAUGAGCGAUGCCGAUGUUGACCCUAAAGCCUGGCCGGAUAUUUUGAGUCCGACCCUCUCCGCCACCCCUCACGAGCCUCAGAGGAUAUCGAUUGCUUGCCUAUCGCAAUAUUUGGAUGUCUAUUCAGCACGCGGAUAUGGUAUAUGGCCGGUGGUCGAUGCAGAGGCUCUGACGGCACGUCUUUUGACUCAUCCCGAUGACUUGGAAGCUUACGCAUUAGCCACUGCGAUAUCUGCUGCUAUAGUAAGCCAGUUCUCUAUGGAUGAAUCAGGGAGUCCAAUGGAGGGUCAUUACCGCGUCCCAAGUGGCACGUUUGAGAUGGAAGCAAAAAAGGCAAGGAAUGAAUGCGAUCAUCUGGAGAACGUCACUGUAUUCUCUUUGCUGAGCAGCUUCUUCCUACACGUCUACUCAGCAAACGUUGGGAGGAUGAACGCUUCCACAGUGCUGCUUGGAGAGGCCAUCUUCAAAGCGCAUAUCAUAGGAUUGCAUAAGGCGAACCACUACGAGCACAUGACCGCGGAGCAAACGCAAUAUGCUUUGAGAGUCUACUGGCUCCUCUUCAUCACAGAGCGAGCACAUUCUCUGCAGCAUGACGUGCCAACGACACUGAAGCGCGCACCUAAUCUUCCUCGACUGGAAGACCUUCACGAUGGAUCGGUCACACCCGCCUUUGUUCAGCUUUGCCGGCUUUUCAACAUCCUGGAUGUCACGAUCACAGCUGAACCGGCAGCUGCACGCCAUGCUCUUGCACUAGCUCAGCAACAGCUUAGCAGUGACGAAGACCCUCGCAGCCUCGAAAACGAGCUUCAGCGCGCAGACAUCACCAUGACGCAGCAAUGGAUGCGCAUCUUCUUGUGGCAACAUGCCCUUAAUGUGACCAAUCUAAGCAGUCGCGCCAGCCAGGAUGAGGAAUUCUCGUUUCGAUUCCCUGCCAAGGUCGCUCAAAAUGUCCUCAGCAAUUUGAGUAGCCUUUCUCGCCAGAGCAUCGAGGCGCAUGGGCCUGGCAUGGAGUCCAAGCUUUUCGACGUCGCCAACUCGCUUGCCGAUGUGAUGAUGAUUAUGCCUUCGCUCAACCACGAAUCCCACUUUGACGUUGGGCCUAGGGAUCUCAUCCACUCACUAGCGCAAGUCUUGGCCUCAUUUCGUGGUGGCAACCCCGCUGUCAUUAGCAUACUGCAAGAGAAGCUCACUAUGCUUGGGCUCUCUGCCGGGUCGCCACAGAAGUUACUUGAGCUUUCCUCGCCGGAAGAGGAGCACGAUGAGUGGCAUGACCGCUCCAUGUCUGCCCCUUCUACCUACCCGUCCUUGAGUCCAGACAUCUCAAUGUCGCCCUCACUCCAGUCGAGCAUGAGUAUGGACGGGACGUAUUGACCUCUUCGGAUUACUACAGAUGAGCCUUUACAGUAUCGUGCGCGCACGGACAAGAGAUGCCGAUCGCAGGACACGACCAUAAACUAUGGCCACACAGACGGCCGUAGCCCACUGGCUUUUCUUGCUAGCAUCCGCAAGACAGCCAUUCAUCAGCAAGCGCCAGUUUCCAUCACGAGAACUUAACUAGUCAUGGCCUUCUGCUCAUCAUUCAGGAGCAAGAUGAUUGCAUCUUUCUUGCAAAGAGGAAUCUGCAAAGGUUCUGCAACAUCAUCCACUGGCCUCUGCUAAACGAGUACAUCUUAGCUCAGAAUCGGGUCACGCGCCUUGGCGACAGGGAAAUCCUCCCGUCAAGAU